AUGCAGUCUGCCCAGGCACGGAAAUGGGACCCCCGAUCUAAACAGCAGAAUGCCUUCCCACCUCCCCAGCCCCAGCCGCCCCAGACGCGCCCGCCCCACGUGAGCGCCCCCCAGGCCAAGCGCAUCACCUUCUACAAGAGCGGAGACAGCCAGUUCGGAGGAGUCAAGAUGGCCGUGCACAAACGCAGCUUCAAAUGCUUCGAUGCCCUGCUGGACGAUCUCUCCCAAAAGGUUCCGUUGCCCUUUGGAGUCCGCACAGUGACCACCCCUCGAGGGACCCACACCAUCCGUCACUUAGAGCAGCUCCAGGACGGCGGCUGUUACCUCUGCUCCGACCGCCGCCAAGCCAAACCCAUCAACAUGGACAUCGCCACCAAACGCUCCGGGGUCUGGUCCCACCACGGCCGAAGACCCCACAGGCCCGAGUCCGCCUCCGCCACGCCCCCUCCCGGACACGUGCCGUACAGACAGCGGCGCCUCCUGCUGGUGAAAAACUCAGAGCCCGCCGUGAAGAGGAGCGUGGUUCUGAGCCGGAGAGUGACCCGGAGUCUGAGAGCGUUUUUAGAGGAAGCGUCGGAUGUGAUGCAGUUCCACGUGCGCAAGUUGUACACAGUGGAAGGACGAAAGAUUGACAACGUUCAAAGCCUGAUGACUUGCCCCAACGUGCUGGUGUGCGUGGGACGAGAGGCCUUCAGUCCGCUCUCGGUGAACUACAUCAGGAAAAGUUCAGAUGAGAAGCUUCCCGGUUUGGGAUCUAGGACGCCGGGAAAUGGGGCCCGGUCUCCCCCUCAGGGAACUCAGUCCAGGUCGAGUGAACACAGCGAGGGGCAGGACAGCAAGAAGAAUAUGGUGAACUUUGGCCUUGAAACGAAGAAGAGCAUCAUCCACCCUCGCUCCGACUCUUCAAACCGCUCGGCGCGCUUCUCCGUGUCCUCGGAGAAAUCCUACGGCCUCAGCACCGUGUCCCAGGGCCGCGCCGCCAUCCUGAACGACGACAUCGAGAAGCGCGUGGUCGUCAACAAAGACGGCAGCCUGUCCGUCGAGAUGAAGGUUCGAUUCCGUCUCCACAGCGACGAAACUUUACAGUGGUCGACCCAGAUCAAAAAAUCACCUUCACUGACCAACGACUGCUGCUCUUUAAGUCAAGGGCAAGCGCAUUAUCUUCAGCAUGAAAGUUGCUCAGAUCCAGAUUGCAUUUCGUACGAACCGGAGACUGGGGACUACUCUUCGCAUUGCGCAAUAGACGCUAAUACAUGUCCGUGUUGUUAUCGGCAAGAUCAGGAGUACGACCUGUGGAAAAAUCCAACACGUAGCCACAAACAGCCAAUUCCUCCUUCUCAUUCGACUACUGAAAGCCAUACUAUUUUAAGACAUACUCAUUCUUCUAGCUCAACCUCUUCUUGCAAUUCAACCAGAGUGGUGAGAUGCCGCGCUAGACUUACCAACUGCGAAGACGGAUCCGAACAUAGCCAACUCGUCCAAGAGGAAAUGUGCGUCACGGAGCAGCAUGUAGUCGAACAGGAAGUCAGCACGGUGAGCCGAAGCUGUAGCCGGAGUGAGGUUGCUGUAAACGGUGACGAACUUCGACCUCAGAGUUCCAAAUUAGGCGAGGAGGAAGCCGAACGCCCCACGUCCGCAAUUAGCGCUUCGUCGCGCGUUUUGCAAGAGCUCAAAGAGGAUGACGAUGAGUUACCACCGAGUGCGUCGAGGUGUGGCGACGCAGUUUCAGAAACGUCUGAAGUACAAAAUGAUGAGGUACCAGCUGGCGAUACUUCAGCUAAACAAAAUGGCGGGUGUGAGGAGGAAGAAGGAUCAAGUUGCCGGUGUCCUUCAACAUCUGAAGUUGAGGUGAAUGGACGUACAUCUAUAGCAAAGUCCAAAGCUAGUUCAUGCAAAUCUACCAAAGAAACCGCAAAUGACGAGGUUGAAGACGUUAAAACAGUUGUCAGUGGAUUGUCUGCAGGGUCGAGGCAAUCGGGAACAUCUUUAUGCUCCGACUGUGGAGGUUGGAAGCUCAAAGUUGCUUCCGGUUGCAAUAGCAGGGCUUCAAACAGGUCGAAUCACAAAUCGCCAAAACCAGCAACUCCAAAUUCGGUUAAAGACGACGACGACGAUAGUUCAGAUGUGUCAACGCUUUCGAACACGAGCAAUCUGACCUAUCACAGGGAGGUUUCGAUGAUUUCCAAUGGCGAUGGUGGAGAGGAAAGCGCAGUAUCCAAAACUGAAGAGGAGGAAGAAGUUGAGGAGGCAAGAGCUACUAGUGUCUUGUCUAGUAAGUCAAGAAAAUCUGAAUGCAAAAAUGAUGAAAUUGUUGAAAUUAGAAGCCCAAGCGUCACAUCGAGAAAGUCAGAAAAUUCGACUUGCGAUGCAGUUCCCGAUCCAACCCCUACGGAAGACACAGAGGCACUAAAUACCUCAGAAAGAGUACCUAGCGCCAUGUCGGUGAAGUCCACAGCUUCGGCUAAAACUAACUGUUCUCAGAAAUCAAGUAUAAAAGUAACGGCUCCUACAACAGAGGAAGAAGAAACAAGAUCUGCAAGUGUGCAAUCUGGAAAGUCCCAUGUAUCUGGAAGGCAAAAGCUGAUGCCAGAAAGUGGAGAACCAAGAGGAACUAGCUCCUUAUCUGUGCAUUCUGGUAAAUCUGGGAAGUCAAAAUGUUCUUGUGGAAAAACAAAAAAAGACAUAGAUGAUAUGAAAGAGGACACAGAAGUGGUUGCGAGCGUCGCUUCCCAAAAAAGAGAAGAUUUAGAUUAUGAAGACUCAUUUGCAUCAGUCUCUCUCGUUUUGCCAGAAGAUCAAGAAUCAGAAAGUGGUGAAUCCAAUGUUUCAUCUCAGCGAAAUAAAACCAAAACUUCUACUCCUGAAGACAAGCAAACAAGAAUGAUCAAGAUGCGAGCGACGAGAAAAGCAGAGCGGCUAGUUCGUGUUCGACCAAAAGCACUCGCUCAUAAACUAACAACUCAAGGAAAUGCAAAUGGUACAGCAAGCCCAGUUGGAAGCAUUAAAUCAGUUGCAACGACAAGAACUGGCCAGUUAACAGCUCCAGAUAAUAGGACAACAUCGGCAAUGUCAAAUGCAAGUGCUAAAAGCCAAAGAAAAUCAUCUAAACAUGAAGAUGAUGAUAAUGCAAGUGAGGAAAGUGCUGAACAAUCUAGUGAGACUAAAGUGGAAGAUGAGACACAAGCAAGAGCUAAUUCAAAAAGUCCAAGUAGACUGCGACCGAAAUCUGGUGGUUCAAAUCGGUCUAGUUCAAGUAAGGGCAAAAGUUCACAAAAUAAAGAAGUAAAUACUAAAUCACUAAGCCCUCAAAAUGUCUCCAUACCAGCCAGCAAGGCAGAUACAUGCAGCGAAAGCAUCCUGUCGCACUCCCUUUCUGCUGCGGACUUAGCCAAGGAAGUCAGAGCUGAAAGCCCGAGGUCCAAGGUCAGCAGAUCCAGCAACAAGAGUGCAAAGAGUCAAAGAAGCAAGAAGGAGGCGGUGCAAGAGCUGACGCCAUCCUGUCUACCAAAUGCGUCUCCUAAUGAGGUCGUGAGCGACUGGCUCAACCGCAUUCCCGCCAACAUGCUGGCGCUGGGAGACGACGACGAAGACAAGUGUGCUGAAGAUACUGAAAGAGAGGCCGGCAUCAGUGACGAGGCAAAGGUCAAAGGUGAAGACGAGGAGGUGAAGACAGAAGUGAGCGAGGGAGAGAAGAAGGGAGCAAAGGAGGAAGGAGGAGCUGAGACGUUUGAGAUUCGGCAGGUUGGCAUGGUAACCGAGACCUCGCUGCCUAAAAGCUGGCACUCGUCCGCCGCUGUGAUGAAGGUGCUGCUCAGUUCGUCUCUGGGGAGGUGUCGGAGUAUGCCUGAGGUGUCUCCAGUGUACGGCCGUAGACUUAGCGCUUCAGCCAAAGAGCUACUGGACUGCCUGACCCAGCUCCAGCUCAUAGAACCAACUGGAAACCAAGGUUACUCCGUACAGAAGGACCAACACCCACAGUUUGAUGACAUAAUUUCUAUUCUUCAGUCCCUCUGGUUAGCUGAACCAAGGGACGUAGCUGACUCCAAAGACCCCAACGGUAAUGAUCAAAUCUCCCCUCCGAGGUCUUCGUCCGGGGUGGACAUGAGCAGUGGGUCUGGAGGGUCUGGGAAGGACAAUGUCAACCAGGAAGAUGAACCAAAACAAGACGAAGAGGGGGAAAAUAAAACCGAAGGAGAGGGUCCGUCGUCUUUGGAUAAAAAUUCCAAAACUCCAACUGAUAAUGAAUUAGAAACACCGGAGGAUACACAAGAAUGCUCCAGCUCGGAAAGUCCACCCACAGUUUUGCGAGCUCCCCUUACCAAGCGCCCAUCCCAGGAUCCUGAUCCAGUCUGGGUCCUCCAUCUUCUCAAAAAGCUAGAAAAACAAUUCAUAAACCACUAUGUUACUGCGAUGGCGGAUUUCAAAGUUAAAUGGGACCUAGAGGAUAGUUUGAUAUUGGACAGGAUGAUCGUGGAGCUGAGGGAUGAGGUGAGCAAGAGGAUAGAGAAAAGCGUGGAGAAAGAGAUGAAGAAGAUACAAAGCAGAGCGGGGAAAAAAGUACCCCACCCACCACUAGGGGGCAACCAGUCCACUGACUCUGUCAUGACAGAGAAACGAAGACGCCUACUCAAGGUCAUGAAAAACCGCUAUGUGAAAACAGGUGAUUCUUCGAGUGAAGGAGAGUUAACCGGCGAAAACAGUGACCAGCGCAGCGAUGACGAAUACUGCCCGUGUGAGGCGUGCAUCGCAAAGAAAAUGGCCGCCCGUCCUCCGCCCAAAACCAACCCCAACGCCAUCCAGGCCCCCUUACAUAAAGACUUUGACCUUCUCAAAAUUUUGCUCUUCAAAACGGCUCCAGUAACACCAGUGAAAACUGAAGUCAAGCAAGAAGAGGAUAAGAAAGCAGUGGAGGAUGGGAGGAAUCUGGAAGUGGUAGAGGAAGAGGAGGAAGAGACUAGUGAGGUUUUGGGUGCAAAGGAAGAGGGUGCAGAGGAGGAGGGUGUGGAGAAAGAGGAAGGUGCAAAGGAAGAGGGUGCAGAGGAGGAGGACGCAGAGGAAGGCAAGUGCCAAUGUCAGUGCAGUAAAGACCAGGAUGAAGAAGAGACUGAAGACAGCGAUCAAGAGACAGAGACCCCAACUGUUGGCGCAACUGAAGGAGAAGAAGCCGACGUUGAAGAUUCGGAAACAGAGGAAAAAUCGGAACACGAAACAGAAACCAAAACUGAAAACACUGAACCUAAACUUGAGAAAAAGACAGACUGUUCCCUCCUCCACCAGUUCACCAGGACGUCUGUGGAGUCCCAGUCUGGAUCUCUGGACGACACAGGCCCCACUACGACAAACAUGGAAGUACCAAAAUUAGCGUCUCCAGGCGGGACCAGCCCGAAGAGGAGCCGAUCACCAGCCCGAGUCAAACGUCGUAAAGCUAAAAACAGUGACAGCGACUUGGACUAUGUUUAA